ACUUCGCACGAGCAUCGUUGAAACUGUUUGUUCAUUUCUCUUUCAAAAAAUCAAAAAUUCCAAGAAGAAGAAGAAGAAAAAGAAAAAGGCAACGAAGACAAAGACGAAGAAAUUAAAAUCAAAAUGAUCCUAUCAAGUCUGUUCAUUGUCACUUUGUCAAUUUUCUUUUAUUCCAAUGCGGCACCGAUUACGUACGAUCAACGACAGGACGGCAAAAUGAACGUUCGUGCCGAUUUAGAUAAUUUCUUUUUCGUUUUCAUAACCAAGGGAUCAUUGUUUAAUGAUCUAUCCUUUCUCGAUUUUAAAUCGAUGACGAGACAAUUGAUGGUCGGUCAGAAAAAUAAGAUUGCCGUACAGAAUGAGCCAAUAUUGUCAUUGAUGAACGAGGAUAUUAGUGAAAAUAUUAAAACUGGCAAACCUUAUAAGGUCGACAUCAUAAGGAUUCCAAAGAACAACGAUAAGGAUCUUCAGGAUUUGAAAGAAUUAGGAAAACAGGAGGAUGACCAUUUGAACGAUCGUAAAGAUCAAGAUUUCGAAUUGACCCAACAAGUUAACAACUCGCAAUCACUUUCCAAGAAUAAUUCAUCAGGAUCUACUUCGAAGGAGGACGACGAAAGGACAACGUUAAACGGUCAACAGGAUUCUGCUAAUACGACGAACAAACUUCAAUGAACGAUACUGCAACAUACCUCCAUUGAACUACGACGAAACAAUUAUAUCAUAUAAUCGUCCUAGAUUCGAUUAAAUAAAAAG